AUGGAUGAUUUGGAUAUGCAUGGCAUCGAAAACAAUCAUCUCGAUGAAGAAAAUCAUCAGCUCAGUUCUACUAAUUCAGAGAUUCUUCAUAACGAGGAAAAUCAAUCGGAAACCCAAGAUAUGAAUGACAUCGGAAAUGAUCAUUACGAUGAAGAAAAUCAUCAAUUCAUCUAUGGUGAUUCAGAGAUUCUACAUAAUGAUGGAAAUCAAUCGGAAAUCCAAGUUCAAAGUGACAAUGUUGCAGCACAAUAUGGCUCUUGCAAACAAUUCAUUGCAGCUAAUUGUUCUUUAUUUUGGAUUCCAGAGGUUGAAGCUAGUUGGAUACCUACUUUGGGUUCAAUUUUUAAAGAUAUCAAAGACGCUAUUAAGUGGUAUAAAGGAUAUGCAUUAAGAUCUGGUUUUGAUAUUAGAAAAUCAACAGAGAGGAAAAAGAGUGGAAUCAUAACUUCGAAGUAUUUUAUAUGCAAUAGAGGGGGAUUGCCAAACAGUUCUACCUUAGACACAAUUAGUGAUGAUCAUAACAAGCAAUUAAGAAAUAGUAAUUGUAAACGCAAAAAUUGCAAAGCUUUUGUUGCAUUCAAAGUUAUACCACAUUCUUCAGAAGUUUACCUUUGGCGCUUUGAACAACAACACAACCACAAAUUGAUCAAUCAAGAUUGUAUGCAUCUUUCAAGAGCUAAAUGUAUUGUAUGGUAUUUGUACCUUUUACUGGCAUUGAUAAUCACAAAAGGUGCUUCACUUUUGGAGCUGGUAAGCUGGGAAACAAUGAAUGAAUCAGAUUUUAAGGUGGGCUUCAAUAGUAUAGUAUGGGACUCCAAAAUUGUUGUCAAUGAUUUUGAAAUGAGAUGGGAUGCAUUAAUGGUAAAAUAUAAGUUGCAAGACAAUAAAUGGAUGAAAGAUAUGUUUGAUUUGAGAAGCAGUUGGAUUCCAGCCUAUUUUCAAGAUGUACCGAUGUCAGGUCUAAUGAGAACAACUUCUCGGUCGGAAAGUGAGAAUUCAACAUUCAAUAGGGUAUCGCAUCAUGGUUAUACAUUUAACAAUUUCAUGAAUUCUUUUGAGUUUGUUAUGGAAAGGCAAAGGAAUAAUCAGAUCAAAUUUGAUUUUGAUACAUCUACUAUAAUUCCAAUCAUCAAAACACCUCUUGAAGAUAUGGAGAAACAUGCAUCUGUGGUAUACACCAGGACUAUUUUUCUCAUGGUGCCGAGGGAGAUUUUUCAUUCACUUGUUUCUUGUUCACAGAAGAGUGUUACAUCAGGCAUUGUUUCUGACAUAUGCAUUGUGAAACAUAAAAGGACAAAUAUAUCAAAGAAGAAGGUAGUAGUUGAGAAAAAAGAAAAAGUUGACAUCGAUUCUGAAUGGAAUUUUGACACAAGUGAAGGUGAUUUUGAGGUUAAAUUCAACAGAGAAGAUCUAACGGUGAAAUGUUCAUGCAUGCUUUUUGAGCGGUUUGGAAUUUUUUGUAGACACAUCUUCUUUUUGAAAAGGACGUUUAGAUACGGUGAUUCAUCUGGAAAUGUUGAGAAGGUUGCAUACAAAGCUUUUUCCAUGCUUGAUCAAUGCUUGUCUUCAUUAAGUAAUGAUGACAAGAAGUUAGAAGAGUUCAUGCAGAAGCUUGAAGUUUUUAUGACUGAUAUUGGUGAACAAGGUUCAGACAAAUUACCGGUUACUAAAGAGGCUCAUAUUGAUAAACUUUACGGAGCUACUACGAAUCCUGAAGUUGUUGAUGUUGAAAAUCCACCUAUGGUGAAGAAUAAAGGUUUUGGUACAGGAAAACGUUUCAAAAGUGCUUUGGAGAAGGCUACUAAUCAAGGUAACAAGCAAUCAAGAUCAUGA